AUGCAAAAUCCUUACGGCCAUUUUACUAACGAUACCACGGGGGACAGAAAGACAUCGUCUCAAACCGGGCUAUUUGGACAAAGUCUGAAUAGUCCUUUGGGUUACGCCAGAUCUUUUCCUUCUUUGACUUCUAAUAAUGAUAACUUUAAAGCCAACCAGCAAUCAUCGAUACCGUUGCCAGAACCACGUUUGCCUUGGAAUAACAUUAAUCAGGUGUCCAAUCCUUUGAUGGUAACACCGCUUCCUGGAUUACAUAAAAAUAUGCCUAAAAAUACUAAAAAGAAACUACCAAAGGUAUCCAAAAAGAUUCCGAACUCUUCUAACACCAUACCAAAUAAACUAGUGAGUAAUAGUACUACAGUGGGGAAAAGUACUUUUGGUUCGACAUCGGGAAGGAAAGCUGGAACGGAUGACAGUGCUGAAUUAGAAAGAAGAAAGAGAAGGGCUGAAAGAUUUAGUAAGGGCCCAUCAGCAACGACGAAUAGUAACGACAACUUGAAUGAAGAUUUUGCGAAUUUGAACGCAAUCAGCAGCAAGUCUCAUAAGUAUGAUAAAAAAAUACAUGUGGUGGGGCGUUGUCAAACUCUUGAAAAAUCAUAUUUGAGACUGACAUCGGAGCCCAAUCCAGAUUUGAUUAGGCCUCCAAACAUUUUGCAAAAAACGUAUUGUUUAUUGAUGGAGAAGUACCAAUCGAAAGCGGCCACGUAUACUUACCUUUGCGACCAAUUCAAAUCAAUGAGACAAGAUUUAAGGGUGCAGAUGAUUGAGAAUUCAUUUACUAUUAAAGUUUACCAAACGCAUGCACGAAUUGCCCUGGAGAACGGAGACCUUGGCGAAUUCAACCAAUGCCAGAAUAGAAUCAUGGCGUUGUUUGAAAACUCUACGAUACCGAAAAAAUCAUACUCGGAAUUUAUAUGUUAUUCUAUUUUGUAUUCAAUGUUAACUGAGGAUUAUCCAGCGAUUUCUCAGUUGAAACUGAAGUUGAUGGACGAUAACGCGUCGGAAAUCUUGGGGGAUGAGCAUGUCAAGAUAAUUUUCGAGUUGAGUAACAUGAAACUAGUCGGGAAUUAUCAUUAUUUUAUGAAAAGUUAUACGAAGCUGCACAAAUUCGAAAAAUGCCUGAUCAACUCAUUUUUAAAUCUGGAAAAAUUGAAAUUUUUGACCGUGAUUUGCAAGAGUUAUAAUCAAAUCAAUUUAGAUUUUAUUAAAAGUGAGUUUAGUUUCACCAGUAUAGAUGAAACAAUAAAUUUCUUGAGUGAGCAAAACUUGAUCGACUUCAUAGUAACUAAACAGAUUAGUGACACUAAUGGUAAAAUGAAAGAUAUCAAAAUUUUAAAUACGAAGGGUUGUAGGGUACAGUUGAUACAGAAUUUCAUGAAAUUCAAGAAGAUUGAUAUAAAGGGACAAAAAUAG